AGUGUAAACUGUGAUUGCAAUCUGUAAUACAGAGGAUUUGCGAAUCAGUGAAGGAAAGAGUUUGUUUGUUUUGUAGAGAGAAUGGUUGCACAAUUGGGCUUGGUUUUCGUGUUGUUUGCGGUCACUCAAGUAAGUGGAUUUCAAGAUGGCUACACAAUGGAACAAGCCCAGCGUCGUGAGCCCAUGCCUGAAUACCCGAAUCCAGGAGAGAUAACAUUUAAGUUACAUUCAAAAUGGGACGAAAAUCUCCUAAACGAAAACGCGGCAGCCUUCAAAAUUUUAGAGGGAAAUGUCAGAAAAGCGGUGUUGGAAGUCGUUGGUCAGGACAAAGAAAUAUCAAAUGUUUAUUUCAGACGAGGAUUUCUGGGUAUUGACAAUGGACAGCCAAUUACUGUGGUGCAUCUGAUGGUAAAUGGUGGUUCAGACGCCGCGGGGCUUUUGGAUGAAGCUGUCAGACCUGAUGAUUCAUUGGGAGAUGGUUUGAAAGUUUAUAAAGGAUCGUUCAAUGCUUAUUAAACUCAUGGAUACCAGCGGCAUGCUUGAACUAGUAAGGACCAGCGAUAUCAGCUCUUAGUCUUUGAGUCUUCACAGUCACUAACUCAGUGAUAAUUUUUGUCCCUUCAGAUGAUGUCAAACUAUCGGUUAGAUAUACUGUACUAAUCUGUUGCGUGCAUCCACGCAAAAUGUUCCUGAAAACUAUUUAUAGUGUAAAUAAAUUUUGUAAAAGUUUAUUGUAUAAACUAUACGCUCUGUAAGG